AUGUUCUUCUUUGACCAACCGCCAUCUGUCCCCGCAAAAUGGGCCCCGUCUCCGCUCUCCGCCCUCUCCCUCUCCGCCUCCCUCGCCUCCGAUCUUGCUUUCACCACCUUCCUCACCAUCGCAACCUCAGAUGAACGUAAUGCCUUGUUGUGUCGGGCCACAAUCGCGAGCGAGGAGCAAAGCCAUCCCCUGUUAGUGCCACAAUCAUGGAUAGCCGCAUACCCCCACGUCUUCCAGCUAAAUCUAUCGGCCGAGCUCAUUCUGAAGCCUGCCACACUGCCAAUCCUCACCGCGGUCAUCGUGGUCGCACUCUCCGACGACGCAUACAUACAGGCCAAAGGGGAUCCAUCCCUUGUUGAAAAGGCAUUCGCAGAUGAAGAAAUCAGUCGAGAAGGAGAUAUAAUCUCUCUCCCGAGCAGCGGGCCUAUUCCGUUGCAAUACCGCCUGGAGUUGCUCGAGCCCGUUCCUCAAGGAUGUAUCCAGCCCGGAACCACAAACGUACUGCUCUUAUCUUACUCGGUAUACCCUGCUUGUGAUGCCGAAACCGUCAAGGUCGACGAUGAUCAAGACGCGAUUGAGAUUAACGAAGGGUUCCUCGGCAGCACCGUCUUGAAUCCUACGUUCCGUCAACCUCAUCUGCAGCAGAAUGCCAACGGAUAUUCUACCAGUCCCCCGCAGUCCCUAUAUAUAUCGAAGACGUUAUCUACCCUUAUUUCCUCGUUGGAAGACCAUUACACGCUCUAUCUCCGCGUCGCCGACCUCGGGCGAAUAGGCAUACAGAGUGGUGAUUGGGCCAUCGCAUCCGGAAAAUCGUCUCUCCUUCGCCUCGUCAGGGUUGUCGCCAAAGAUGACUUACUGGAGUCUACUGGUUCCAUGGCAGGAUCUCCGUUGCUGCUUCGAAAUAUGUUUGGCGAUGAGAGUGAUGAACUGAUCAACAAGCAUCCUCUUGUACACAUUCGUCCGAGUCCCUUUGGAUCCCUCGACCCUCCAAUACCAACCGCUCGAAGUAUCACGAUUGCCCGAGUUGCUUCGCCAAUUUCCAUAAAUCGUCAAUAUGAACGCCUUUUUCUUGAUUCUUUGAAGGCAUACUUUGACUCUGGAAAGAGGCUCAUGAAGCAGGGCGAUCUUUUUGCUGUCUCGCUUGAUACGGACCAGUCUCGCUGGUUUUCAGACGAACCCAGAACCGAAGAACCGUCGUCCAAUAGCAGGCAGGCAUACACUCCAUCAAGUAAUCCAACCUGCUCUCCUCGUUCAAACGCCGUCGUAUAUUUCAAGGUUACAAAUAUCGAGUACGAUGUAGUUGCGACAUCAAGUUCUUCAACGGAGGAUCUUUAUACAGGGUCGACUCUGGGCGAGCUCGGAUGUUGGAUAGACGCCUCGGUAACUCGAAUGGUUCAAGCCGGUGUAGAACAAUCACGGAUACCUGAUACAGGGACUUACAUGCAUAUUGACCAAGCACGUCUUUUCACCCAACUUAAGGCGCAACCUUCUUCACGCCUGCUGGGUCCCAAGAGCCCAUAUGCCAAGUUGCUAGCGUUAACUUCAGCGGCAUUGUCCCGUCGUGCUCUUGAUUACAACCUAGACUUGUCUUUUCUUCUCAAAGGCGGACGGGGCAUUGGUAAAUUCUGCGUUACAUCCUGGGUCGCGGCGAAGUUGGGUCUCCAUCUGUUCGAGGUCGACUGUUAUGAUAUCCUCGGGGAGAACGACACGAAGACAGAAGCUUUAUUGCGAGUUCGCUUCGAGCAGGCGGCAAGUUGUUCUCCGUGCUUGCUGGUGUUGAGACACCUAGAAGCACUAUCUCAGACCACUCAGGCGCUAGAACCUAGCAAAGAGUCAACGAUCGUGAACGCCAUGAGAGACCUCCUUGACGGUCUUCAAAGCAGUUGGAAGAUAGCAGGGUACCCUGUCGUUGUUGUUGGUACCACGAGCGAGAGUAGUCGUGUACAUGCCGGUCUUUUAAGCUGUUUCAAGCAAGAGAUUCUGUUUGAAGCCCCGAACGAAGGAGAGCGCCUCGAGAUAUUGAGAUGCUUAUUGUCAGAACAUGACGUAGCCUCAGAUGUCUCCGUCCAGAACGUCGCAGCCCAGACGGCUGCCUUACUUGCAGGAGAUCUACGAGACUUGAUUGCGAGGGCCAAAACGGCGUCGAUCGAACGAGCAUGCAAAGCAAAUGUGGUCGAGGGUCACUCUCACCUGGUGAACGUUCCGCUGAGCGCGGCCGACUUUGAGGUUGCCCUAGGCAAGGCCAGGGAAUCGUAUUCAGAAAGCAUCGGGGCCCCUAAGAUCCCUUCUGUGUCGUGGGACGACGUCGGCGGGUUGGCGCACGUCAAAAACGACAUCCUGGACACCAUCCAACUCCCACUCGAGCAUCCCGAGCUCUUCGCUGACGGCCUCAAGAAGAGAUCAGGGAUCUUGCUCUACGGGCCUCCUGGAACGGGAAAGACCCUGAUCGCGAAAGCCGUCGCGACCUCGUGCUCGCUCAAUUUCUUCUCCGUCAAGGGCCCCGAGCUGCUGAACAUGUACAUCGGCGAGUCCGAGGCGAACGUGCGGCGGGUGUUCCAGCGGGCGCGCGACGCGAAGCCGUGUGUUAUUUUCUUUGAUGAACUGGAUUCGGUGGCGCCGAAGCGAGGGAACCACGGCGACUCGGGGGGUGUGAUGGACAGGAUCGUCAGUCAGCUCCUCGCUGAGCUGGACGGGAUGUCAGGAGGGAAAGAAGGCGCUGACGUGUUCGUCAUUGGGGCUACCAAUCGACCUGACCUCCUUGAUCCUGCUUUGCUCCGACCUGGGAGAUUCGACCGUAUGCUGUACCUCGGCGUCAGUGACACACAUGAAGCCCAGCUUAACAUCCUGGAAGCCCUAACGCGAAAGUUCCGUCUUGACCCUACCCUGAACCUACGCAACGUCGCGGAACGAUGUCCUUUCAAUUACACCGGCGCUGACUUUUACGCUCUCUGUUCUGAUGCCAUGCUUAACGCCAUGUCAAGGAAGGCGGAAAUGAUCGAAGAAAAAAUCGGCAUCCUGAACACCCAGCGGGCACACGGCCACCCUCAUCCGGUCACGCCACAAUACUACCUUGCCGAGCUUGCAUCUCCCGAAGACAUGACUGUCUACGUCUCAGAGGAAGACUUUGACCGAGCCCUCAAGGCGCUGGUACCGAGCGUCAGCCAGGCCGAGAUGGAGCACUACGCCCAAGUCCAACAGCGCUUUUCACAAAAGAAGAGUGAAGAGGAACGCUAA